AUGGCGGACGACGAUCUCGCCACCCAGGGCGCGACUUCGCCGGGAGGUGGCGCGAGCAGGACAGGCAGGACGCCCCGUCGCGUGGUGGAUCGACUCCCCGCCGAGCAAGGCGAGAGGAUCGCCGCGCUCGUCCGGGAACUGCGCGGCGGGCGCAACCACGUCGCCGUCGAUGCCUCCGCCGCGAGCUACGCGGGGCUGGACAGCGGCACCGCGGCUCACGACGCUGUGGUCAGAACCCCCGUGGAGUUCAGCUCUGUUGCCGACCCUGGCGUUUCGAGCUCUGCGGGGAAGGCGCAUGACGUCCCCGCGGUCGGCAGCGAGAAGCAGCGCGAGGACGACAACGGAACCGCGGCUCACGACGCCGUCGUCGGAGUCCCCGUGGCAAUCAUCUCUGCUGCGGCCCCUGGCGUUGCGAGCUCCGCGGGGAAGGUCUCCUCCACCGUGGCGGUCAGUCUCGCCACCCAGAGCACGACGGCGCAGGGAGCUGGCGCGAGCGGGAGGAUUUGCACGCUCGCCGACCUACCGGACAGCGGGCUCCGUCGCGUGGCGGAUCUACUCCCCGCCGAGGAAGGCGAGAGGUUCGCCGCGCUCUUCCGCGAAUUACGCGGCGGCCCCAACCACGUCGCCGUGGAGUUCUCCGCCGCCGCCUACGCGGGGCUGUACAACGGAACCGCGGAUCAUGACGCCGUGGUCGGGAUCCCCGCCGAGCUCAGCUCUGCUUCGGCCCCUGUCGUUCCGAGCUCCGCGGGGACGGUCUACUACACCGUGGCGCAAGACGGCCCCGGCAGCAAAUCGAAGGAGGGCGAGGAGGAGGAGGGCGAGGGGGACGGGAUAGAUCGCCUCACCGACCUCCCCAACGACGUCCUCUCCGACAUCGUUGGACGUCUCCCGCUCGUGGAGGCUGUUCGUACCCGCGUUCUGUCACGGCGCUGGCUCAUCCUUCCGACCUGGCGACCGCGCCAGUCGCUCGCCGCUGCGCUAUUUGCUGACACGGAGAAUGCCGACAGCGACGGCGACGAGGACGCCAUCACAAGCGGCGUCGCUCUCCACCAGGCGGAUCGAUUCAGCGAGUUACCGGACCACGUCAUCUGCUCGAUACUCUGCCGUGUGCCUCUGGUCGAGGCCAUCAGGACAUGUGUGCUGGGGCGCCGUUGGCGCGAGGUAUGGACAUGGUUACCCUGUCUCAAUUUUGAUGACAUGGCCGUGGGAGAUGCUGGCGUCACGAGCUUCCUCAAUUUUGUCGACGAAGUGCUCGCGAGGUGCUCGGACAUGAAGGUCCAGCGAUUCAUGCUGAGGGUAACCAACCCCGACAACGUCGACGGCGCUCGGCUCGCGGCAUGGAGUGCCCAUGCCGCGGAGCGCGUCAGCGGUCGUGUCAUGUUCAAGCUGGAUCUCGGAGCGGACUUCUUGCAAGGUGAAACAGUGUUUGAGAUGCCAAAUCAGGCACUGGCGGACUCUUUCAGUGUCUCCAUAUCACAUCCCGAGGAGAUCGCGUUCAUGGUGCGCCUCACCGCCAAUGGUCAGUUUGCUCUAUUGACUCGCCUGGUUCUCGUUGGGACAAGGUUCAGAGCUGACGGCGGGAGGUCAAUUAGUGACGUUGUGUCCCAUGACUGCCCCCUGCUUAAUAGCCUCCGGCUGGAGGACGUGAGAGGUGUCUUCUGGCUUCGCCUUAGCUCAUCUUCCUUGAUAGAGCUGACAGCCAUGUUCGUGAGUGAUCUGACAGAAGUGAAGCUUGAAACACCAAAACUGAACCACGUCCACUUUGCGUACUCCUUUGUUGGCAAAGAAGCCACAACACUAUCGGUCUUUAAGCACCAACUUACGGAAGUCGUCUGGAAUGACACUUGGCCUGUUCACAGUGACCUUGGAACAGCUGUGAGCCUUGAAAAGCUCACGGUCCAUCGCCAGAACAACUCACAGAACCUGAAGAGGAUCAUUUCCCAGUUCAGAUUAAGAAGUGUGAAGACCCUUUGUGUUAGUGUUUCAACGGAUGAGGUACUCGAGGCCGAGAGCGCCAAGGCUGGCACUGACCACACCCCGCGCGCAUUCGAUACAAGCGGCCACGCAGCGGUCUUGCCUGCUGUUGGCCACGAGGCGAUCAAGAAUGAGGGUGAGCCUGUGGACGGCGGCGGCAGGAAAGCGGACGGCACGGCGCACGGCGGCGCCGGGCUGCGGCGGAACUCGGCCUCGAUAAUACCCAUGGCGGCGGCCAGGAGCCCGUCGUCGAUGUCGCCGGCGGGGGGGUGUGUGCCUUGA